CCGCGUUAGACUUCCUCCUACCUAAAAACCGAUCUUCCGCAACCCCAGACACACUAGAAUAUGGUGUGCAAUAUGAGAAGUUGUUGCAAGACCCGUCGAGCACAUGAAGAAAGCUCAGCAAGCAAUGAUUGCUUAUGAGAAUCAACAUCGUAGACAAUCCACAUUUAAGGUACGGGAACGUGUCUGGUUCAAGGCUAGCGAGCUAGGACAAGAAUUCGGAGUCUCUCGCAAACUAAUGCCUCAAUACUUUGGUCCCUUGGAAGUCCUAGAUAUAGUGGGAGAUGAGAUGGAUGGGCCCACUUAUGUCAUUCGUGUCCCUGGACACCUACGCACUCACCCAGUCUUUCAUGCCUCCAAGCUUGCACCUUUCGCUGAGACUGAUCAAUUCCCUUCCAAGAGAUCGAUGCUGCCCCCAACCAUGGAUGGACAAGUCGAUAUCGACGACAUUGUGGAUCACAGGGAUAUGCCUGUUCCGAAGCCGCUGGGUCGAGGAAGACCUCCUAAACCCAAGAGGGAGUACCAGAUCAGAUUCAGGCAUCAUACGGAUCCAAAAGAAGAUCGGUGGUUUACCCGGGAGGAACUGAUGGAAACAGCUCCUCAGGUGGUGGCAGACUAUGAACGGAAGCUAAAAGGGAAGGCACCUGCAAAUGACUUGAAUGAGUUCCACAACAAACCUACAAGGAACGGUCUGAAAAGGAAUGACACGAAGAUGUGGGACCCCACAGCGAAGGCAAAUGUUGACAAGAAGACACCGUCAGAAUGGUGGGCAGCACACGGCAGCGACGUUCCCGAAUUGCAGAAGAUUGCGAUAAAGGUUAUGGGCAUGUGGAGCACCGCAUCGCCGACGAAGAGGAACUGGGCUUCCAUGGACUUCAUCCAUUCCAAACGGAGCAACACGUUGUCGCCAGAAAGCUUGGCGAAGCUAUUGUACAUACACUGGAACAUGCAGCUACUGCGUGUGCGUGUUCCGGAGACUAAGAACAACGAAUUUGUAGACUUGUGGUGUGACUUCGUCGAGCCCGCCCCAGAGCCUGAAGAGAACGAUGGAUCGGUGUCGAAGGGGCCCGAGGAUGAGGCUGAGAAGACAGAGGAGGAACUUGUAUGGGAACGGAGGCUCACAAAGACUCCGAAGGGAAGGGUUCCAAAAAAUCUCGAGGACGAGGACGAAGAGCUCACGAAUGACAGUGAUUUGGAUGACGAGCUGUGGAAGGGGAAGUGCGGAUUGUCGGAGGACUCAAGCACGACGUACGUCGGAAGGAGGCAGACCGGACGACAACGCAGAGAAGAGUCACAUCCGGCAGCGAUGGAGCCUGUGGUAAGGGAAACUGCACUGUACAAUCCACAAUCUGAUGUCGAGUUCGCAUGGCUAGACACGGAUGUCGAGACGUUGCUGGAAGCGAGGGUAAACGAAGAUGCGGAGGAUGCGAACCGUGCCAAGGCUAUGGCUGACCGGGAGACCGAACUCGUCAACAAACGUAUGAUGGAGGAGGAGGCCCGCCGUGCAGCUAUCCCGACUCGGAGAGAGAUCGAGAGAGGUCUCAAACAAGCCAGGGAGCACCAACAGCAGAUCAAUCUGGCAUUGGAGGUUGAGGAAGAGGGAGAAGAGGAGGAGGAGGAGCACCAGGCUGAGGUGGGAGAUUACAUGGAACAGGAAGAAAAGGAGGAGGGCAUGGUGCAACCACGGGAGGGAGAGGAGAUGGAGGACCAAGAAGAAGAGGAAGGCACGGUGCAAGGCGGGGAGGAAGAGGAAAUGCAGCAGGAAGAGGAGGGGGAAAGAUUGGCGCAGCAGAAGAUACAGCACGGCGAGGUCGAUAAGGCCCGCGAAGACGAGCCCAAUCCCACAGCGACAACAGUCUACACACGCAGGCCCCGACCAGCGGAGUUUCCGGAGUCCGAGGAGAAGAUACCGGAAUUCCCCGCAAUGAGGGAGGAUGUCCAGCAUGACAACCUGUGGGUGAGCCGAGUGGGCAGGAAGAGAAAGGAGCCAUCACAGGACGCUCCUGCACAGCCGAAACGUCCUCGUGGCGGACCGCGAAAGCAGAAGACCGACACGGCCACUACACCGGUCAUGAAUAGGAUUUUCCAUAACUACUUGGAUAAGUUUAUUGUUGUGUACCUCAACGACAUUUGUAUCUUUAGUAGGACUGUCGAAGAGCAUGCUGAACAUGUAGAUGAAGUGUUUUUUUUCCUCCAACAACGCAAGUAUAAGAAAUGCGAGUUUGGUCGCACCAAAAUCUUGUACUUGGGUCAUGAAGUAUACGCGGAAGGGAUUAGGCCUCAGGAUGCGAAGGUGGCUAGCAUUAGAGACUGGCCACGACCCCAGUUUGUAACUGAGGUCAGAUCGUUCUGGGGGAUGUGUGGUUAUUACCGCAAUUUUGUACAGAACUAUAGCACGAUAGCAUCUCCCUUGACGGACCUAACGCGUCUUGACACUCUAUGGGAAUGGACAAACGAAUGUGAGGCUUCUUUCAAGAGAUUGAAACAUGCCCUUACACAUCAUGAGGUUCUCAUGGUCCCCGAUCCUCGAAGGCCAUUUGUAGUGACCACUGACGCAAGCCAAUAUGGCAUUGGCGCAAUGCUGGCGCAACAGGAAGGGAAGAAGUUAAGGCCGAUCGAGUACAUGAGCGAGAAUAUGCCAUCAAAGAAGUUGGCGAAGUCCACCUACGAAAGAGAACUCUAUGCCCUCUAUAAGGCACUUGUCCAUUGGAGGCACUAUCUGUUGGGAAGGUUUUUCUACUUGAGGACCGACCAUCAAACACUUAAGUGGAUCAGGACACAACCUGUUCUCUCCGAUGCACUCAAAUGUUGGAUUGAAGUCAUAGAUCAAUACGACUUCAAGCUUGACUAUGUGAAAGGAGAGUAUAACAAGGUUGUUGAUGCUCUAUCACGUAGCGCAAACUACCUGGGUGGGCUGAUCACUGAGUUUGGCUUAUCCGAUGAUGUAUCUCGAUCCUUGGUGGAAGCCUACAAGGAAGGCCCUGUCACGAUGGACAUCAUUCGCACACUUGAGGCCAAAGACAAGGCCAUAACUGAUGAGUUUUUGAUGGUGGAUGGAUUGCUCUUUCUUGAGAAGGAGGGAUUCAAAAGAUUAGUCUUUCCAUCUAGAGAGAAUUUGCGUAGUUUAUUUUUAGUUGGUGGAGCAUCCGCGGGUCCGGGCCCCGAGGAGGACCAUGUCCGGGACUCUUCCCAGUCCAACCGCCCGUGUGCACGGUCUGCAGGGCUGGCAGCGCGGAAGGUAAUGUCAUUCGAUGCAAGGGGGGAGGAGGAGAGGGAGGGGCAGGAGGAGGAGGAGGAGGAGGAGGAGGAGGAGGAGGAGGAGGAGAUGGACGGCACGAGAAGGGACGUGUUGGAGUCGGGUAUUGGCAUUUUUCCGGAGGCCAAUCAUGAUAACCAGUCUGAAGGGAGGAGGACGAAUAGGAGGAUAGAACAGGAAGUUCCAGCAGCUCUGUACCCAUGGCUUCAAUUCAACAAAUCGCUGCUCACUCUACACGGCAAUGUAUUACCGGAUAUUACGGCGAAUAAUUCUUUGGAUUAUCAAAGACGUUAUAUUCAUGCUCUCAUCCUCUCUCAAGAUGGAAGCACCCUCUACUUCGCGCACGACAAGUAUGAUACCGACAGCCAGAUCGGGAAAGCCGUCCGAUUGCCUAAUCCAUCAUCUUUACCACCAUCUGCAACUUCAUCUCAAUCACAAACAUCACCACAGAGUCUGUUGUACGAAGUGUCCAAUAUCCUCAAAAAGGCUAUCGACAUCACAGGCAGCAGCAGGGCCAAUCGUGUCACAGGCCUGGAGAUUCUGGAAGAUAAUGUUACGCUUCUCGUUGGAUACGAGGAGACACAGGAGAUCCACCAAGUAUGGGUGGAGAAUGGGAGAGAGGAGGUGUUCAUUGCUGGUCCAUUAGCAGCUAAAUACGGCAUGGCCAGGCAUCCAAAAGAGCUGUGGCUAUUUGUGAGUUCACCUCCACAGAUUCAGAAGGUGCCGCUUAAACAAGGGGCUCCCAUCAAGUCAAUUAUACUGCUAGCUGGUAAUCAUGAGCCUGCGAGUAUCCCCGAAAACAUGGAUGGCACAGGCAGCUCUGCUCGAUUUGGGUCGGGGGGCCCAAGGAUUGUCUCCCGAUCUGUCUCAAGAGACGGUGCCUUACUCUACGUUGGCGACCGGGGCUUUUUGCUCGUGAGGCGAGUGCACACCGCCACAGGAGUGACAGAAACUCUCAGUUUUGCUAACGGAACACAUGUGGCUAUGCCCUUCGGUCCGUUAGCUGCCGUUAUAACUUCGGAUGAUUGCAACCUUUUCGUAACGGGAUGGCCAGACACCAAGCCCCCCACGGGACAGCCAUCAGUGGUCCGAUGGGUGGCCCUCGACGCCCCACAUGGCAACGUCUCCUGGACCAAAGACAUCGUCCUCUUCAACCGCACCCCUCCCUCCGCCUUGGACAAACAGGACUGGACAGGGGUAAACGAACCAUCGCGUCUGUUGCUUAGUCACAAUGAUGCAGAUUUGUAUGUCGGAACGAGUAAUGGGGAGAUAUUCCACUUCGCCAUUAACCGCAGUGCUCUGCACAAAUGUGGUUCCAUUGAUCCUGCAAACUCUCCAGGGUUCGGUCCCCUUCCACGGUACGAUCCUCCUACAGUACCACCUCCCUCCUCGUCCUCCCGCCUCUCAUCCUCAUCUGAUGGAAUUUCCUUUCUCAAAUUGACUAUCGUUUUGUGCGUCAUAACCGUGGCUCUCCUAGGGGUCUGGAUAACGCUCGUCCUGUGGUGGACCAGAAGACUGUGCUUUCGCCCGGAGAAGGACUACGCGAUUGCUGCUUCUGCAGCUCAUCAGCCCAAGACACAGCAGCAGCGAUGGCUGUGUUCGUGCAUAUUCUUUGGCCAUCCGAAUACUCUCUCUCCGGGAGAUAAAGCCUGCAGCAGCGGUGAUUUCAAAACCACAGCCACGACGACGACGACGAUGACAUCUCUCUCCCUCCUCCAUGGCGAUGGCGAUCAAUUGGAGUUCGCUGCCAUCUCGCUCGAGCUUGACCAUCUUGAUGCCCCUCGACCGAUCCCCUUCACAGAUCUACGGGAGGCGACGGAUGGCUUUAGCGAUAGGCACAAGGUGGUGGGAGCAAGGGGCGGAUUUGGUGACCUGUACCGGGCAACCAUGAGAGUAGGAGGUGAAAGGCAGGAGAUGACUGACGUGGCGCUGAAGCUGAUGAGGGGCGGACUUGACGAACUGAAACGAAAGCAGUUCCUCUCCGAAGUGACCACUUUCAGCCGAGCUCGCCAUGUCCAUCUCUGCAAGCUUCUCGGCUACUGUGUGGAGCGAAACAUGGUUGUCCUUGUCUAUCCCUUCAUCUCGGGUGGCAGUUUACAUGAUCGUCUGCACCCUCGUCCUCGCCCCUCUGCCCAGGCCCUGCCUUCUCCUACCACAGGACCAUCUCUUCCUCCUCCUCCUCCUCCUACUCCCUUAGGUUGGAGGUCGCGACUGUCAGUUGCACUGCAGAUCGGGACUGCAUUAAGGUAUCUCCACGAGGAGUUAGAGCCCCCGCUCUUGCAUCGGGACGUCAAGAGCAGCAAUGUCCUUGUCGACGGCUCCGGAGAGCAGGUCAAGGCCUAUCUGACCGACUUUGGCCUCGCUAGGCUUGGUAAUCCGAGCUCAGGCUUGGAAAGAGGUCGGGAAACUGUGCAGACAGCUUUUCGAGCCGGCACGAUUGGGUAUAUGGCUCCCGAGUAUGCCAUUGGAUUGAAACUUACCGCCAAGAAUGACGUGUAUGCCUUCGGUGUGAUUCUGCUGGAGAUGGUUACUGGGAAGAGUGCUCUCUUCUGGAGGACUAAUGGAGAUCAGCCCGAGAUGGACGCUCUAGAUAUGUAUGAUGUGACCCUGAGUGACAGCGAGACCGAUUGCGGUCAUCACCCCAUUGUGCUUGUGCUUUGGGCCCGGAAGACGUUCAAGAAAGUGCCACACUGGGACUAUCAGCUGCUUAGCAAGAUGGUGGACCCGCACCUUGUUCAGUCCUUCGAAGUCCCUGGAGGGAGCGAAUGGGAGAGGGAGACGCUGUGUGCAAUUGCCAAGUUGUCGCAGGAGUGCACUGAUGUGGAGGCAAGUAAGAGGCCCAUGAUGGGUGUGGUUGUGGAGAGGAUCAAGGCAAUCUCUCGGUAUGCUACACCUCGCGACGAUCGUGUUGCACCAUCGAGCUCCAUUAGCAGCUACGUUGACGGUGGCCAGGGAGCGGGAGAAAGAAAAGGGUAUGACAAUCUCGAUAUGCUGCACCUCGCGGCGAUCGUGUUGCACCAUCGAGCUCCAUUAGCAGCUAUGUCGAUGGUGGCCAGGAAGCGGGAGAAAGAAACGGGUAUGACAGGUGAGGUGAAGGAAGUGCGGAUGCGAGCACUGGAGUUAGCCGAGGUCUUAUACACCGGUUGGAUUCACUCCAAGGGCUACCCCAAGGAGAUCGUUUGCGACCGGGACACUCGCUUUUUCUUCGACUUUUGGGUCGCCCUCGUCAAGCGAUGGGGCUCAUCUUUGAAGCCGAGUUCGGCUCGCCACCUGCAAACCGAUGGUCAAACGGAAAGGGCGCAUCAGACCGCUCAAGUCCUUUUACUCACUCUCAUCCGUCCCGACCAGGUUGAUUGGGUUGAGCGCUUGCCAGACGUUGAGUUGGCUUACAACUCAUCGAUCCAUCCGGCUAUCGGGAUGUCGCCAUUCGAGUUUGAGCAUGGUUCACCCAUCUCAUCGCCGCUGGACGCCACUUUGCCGCGCACAGCCGAGAGCGACGACCAUCUUGCGUUCCUUCGUCGCAUGCAAGAGCUUCUUGUUAAGGCACGGGAGCAGAUGUCGAAGACGCAAAUACGGAUGAGCCGUCAAGCCAACCGCAAUCGCCUUCCUUGCCCAUUCCGCGCCGGCGAUCUGGUUUGGGUCUCCGUCGCGGAGUUCAGCCUCGAGCAAGACAUCUCUCGCAAGCUCCUUCCCAAGUGGAUGGGGCCUUGGCGCAUUCGCUCUGCAGUUGGUGAUGAUCCCGAGGGCCCUUCAUUCCGCAUCGCGGUGCCACCUCGCUUGCCCGUCCACACGGUGUUCCACUGUUCCAAACUCGCUCUGUUUGUUCAGCGGAGUCCGACGAGUUUCCCGGUCGACCGGGAACGACUGUUCACGCAGGAGACCGUGAUCGGCGAUGAGGCCGCACAUUGGGUGGAAGAGGCAUCUGCAGACGGGGCCCCGGAGACUGAGAAAGGGUUGUCAGCCCUUGCGCAGGUCUCCCACGACCUCGUGACCACCUUCACUCUGCAGCAGGAGGAAAUCCUUCACCUGCAGCAGACAGUGGACCAGAUGCUCGCACAACUGCAGGCGGUGGAGAAACAGCCAACUGCUGUAGCAGCCGCAGGGCCUUCCAACCUUACCACCCGUGUGCAAGUUUUGGAGGAUGACGUCAGCAACAUCAAGCGUGUGCAUCAGGACUUCCGAACGUCGCAGCAAGCAACGAACUCGCAGUUGGAGACGCAGGUCCAGGCUGCUGCCACCGUGACGCCCGCCGCCUCAUCCUCCCGGCGCCCACCCAAACUCGAUGACAUUCCAGUUUUCUGCGAUCAGUCAAAGACGGAACCGAUCCCGUGGUGGCGCUAAACGAAGCCGGAAACAGCCGAGUGCCGGGUUGGGUCGCAAGAGCUGCUCGUUCCGGCGUUCGUAAUUAUUCCAUCUUAUUUAAGGUGCUUAGGUUAUUUCACAGCGAUCGAAGGUCUUAUUACAGCUGUCGUAGAUUCCGUUCAGGAGACAGAGGACAGCAGAAAGGCGAGUGGGAGGCAUCCCCGCAAUCACAGGCUUUUUACGGCUGUCAGCUCCUCCUCCCGCCCUUCAAAACUGAAACUUUUAGUCGACAUGCCUAGCACGGUAUUGCCGACUGACAGGGUGAUAGAACGCCGCUGGUUCACCACAGGUGACCGCCUCCCCGGCGAGGAACCCAACCGCAGCUCGGAGGUCGUGAUCGACGCAGCCGUCAUCUGCAGUCUGAUAACACAGGAGAGAAGAAGGUUCUUCACCAACCUUGCUCGAUUCCAACUCUUCAUAUCCAGAGAAUUCGUGGCCAAUGAGCGCGCAUGGCUGAAAUUCAUCUCCACCUUUCAGACAUACGAGGGGCCUCUUCCUACCCUGCUCUGGGCCUCCUGGAGCCCUGCUAGACUGCUGUCUUGUCUCCUGACCAACCACUUCGACCUUCUAAGCAACGAGAUUGACGAGGUCUACGAGGACGACCACAGAACCACUCGCUGCGCUGGAAUAGAGGACGUACGGUCGCUGAGAGUGGCAGCUAUGUCAGUGAUAACGUUGAGUUUGUCAGAGCUGAUUGUCCAGGAAGAAUCAAAGAAGACGAGGUUGAGUGCCUGCAGAGCUCUCACGCGAUUAGCAACUUACAGAGGCAACUGUCUCCUCCGCUAUAUUCUCUUUGUGAUCUCUAAGCCGGAUGUUUUUAAAAGCCCCAAUUCGGACACCUACAUCAUAUUUGGUGAGGCCAAGAUCGAGGACCUGACUUCGCAGGCGCAGUUCAAUGCUGCCGAGCAGUUCAAGGCUCCUGAUUUGCCCCAGGCGGAGCAGAAGAUGUCGGAAGCUCCUUCGGCAGCCGAUGCAGAGGAAGAGGAGGUUGACGUCAACUUGACGAGACCGGCGUUGAGCCCAAGGAUGUUGAACUCGUCCAAACCCAGGCCGGUGUUUCUCGUGCUAAGGCUAUUCAGGCUCUGAAGAAUACGGGCGGAGACAUUGCCAAUUCCAUCAUGGAGCUAACGACGUGAAGAAUCUC